UGCUCGCUGAGCCGCGGCAGCUCCGUACAGCAGGCGCGGUGCGGCGGACGUCUUCUGCCUCGUUUCUCUGAGUUCUGCUUGGUUCCGUUGACAGGCUGGAGAGAGGCCUUGGGUCCAGUCUGCUGAGGAGGAUUUCUUCCAGGAAAUCGCACCAGCGCAACAACAGUCCUCAGGAGGACAAUGACAUGGGGUAAAGUGUUGUCUGUUACGAGCUGCUCCUCUCUUAAAAUGCCCCCGUUUGCUUCUGCAUUUGGUGUGAGAGUGUCACUUCCUACAGUACAGUAUGUGAGUGCAUCAAAAGAAGAAGUGUCUAAGUCUGUGCAGAUCACAGGACACCGUGAAACCGACAACAGGCUUUCACAAGCUGCGUUUACACAAGCAACAACGCUGGUUCCUCUGAAGUCUCCUUCACAAAACACGAAUUUAAUGGAGGUGGAUGUGCUUCUCACGUGCAGGGGCAACGGAGACGACGGGGGCCCGGGCAGGCUCGGCCGCGGCCUGUCCCGUCUGAGCGGCAGGUACCAGUUCAGACCUCCGGCUCAGCCCGAGAGGCCGCCUCCACCCGUGCAGCCAGAUGACCGGCCUCCAGAGGCUCCCGCUCCACCCGCACCGCCACCUCCGGCGGCCGCUCCCGCUCCCGCUCCGCCGGCGGCGGCUGCAGCCCCGCCCCCGCCCGCGGCAGCGCCCCCCAAACGCCCGGACAAAGGCACCAAGCCCAAGCUGCCCCCGCGCCCGCUGUGCAAGGUGUUCAGCAGCGACGAGCACGGAGCAGCCGUGCUGCAGGGUUUCGACUGUUUUCGGGCUGAUGAGACUCUCUGCGACGUCAUCCUGGUUCCUGGCGACAGCAAGAAAACGUUUCCAGUUCACAGAGUCAUCAUGGCGUCAAGCAGCGACUAUUUCAAGGCGAUGUUCACAGGAGGCAUGCGGGAGCAGGAGAUGAGGGAGAUCAAGCUGCACGGCGUCACUACGUUGGGCUUAAAGAACAUUAUCGACUUCAUUUACACAUCCAAAGUCAGUCUGGACCUGGGUAAUCUCCAGGACACGCUGGAGGCUGCAAACUUCCUGCAGGUCAUGCCUGUGCUGAGCUUUUGCAAUCAGCUUCUGAGCAGUGAGAUCACCAUUGAUAACUGCGUGGAGGUGGAGAACAUUGCCACCGAUCUGCUUCUGGAGGAGGUUCUGCUGAACAUAGGGGAGUUCGUGAGCCAGAACCUGUCGGCGCUGGUGCAGUGCGACCGCUACCUGCAGCUGUCUGAGGCCACCAUGGCCAACGCUCUGGCCAGCAACUCGCUGAAGGGCUUCUCGGAGCUGGAGCUCUACCACAUCGCCCGCCAGUGGCUGGAGCACGACCCCCCCAAGCGCCACGCGUCCGUCCACGCCCUGAUGCGCCACAUCCGCUUCCCCCUCAUGAACCCCGGCGAGCUGAUCCAGAUCUCCCAGGGCGACGAGGACGGCGGCAGCGCCAUGAUGCGCUCCGACACGGCCUGCGUCAACCUGCUGCUGGAGGCCAGCAACUACCAGAUGAUGCCCUUCAUGCAGCCGUCGCUGCAGACGGAGCGCACGCAGAUCCGCUCGGCCUCCACUCACAUCCUGGCGCUGGGGGGGGUGAUGCGGCAGCAGCUGGUGGUGAGCCGCGAGCUGAGGCUGUACGACGAGGGCACGGGGCACUGGAGGGCGCUGAGGCCCAUGGAGGUGCCGCGCUACCAGCACGGCGUGGCCCUGCUGGGCGGCUUCCUCUUCAUCGUCGGAGGCCAGAGCACGUACGACACCAAGGGCAAGACAGCCAUCGACAGCGCCUACCGCUACGACCCGCGCUUCGACAAGUGGCUUCAGAUCGCGCCGCUCAACGAGAAGAGGACCUUCUUCCACCUCAGCGCUCUGAAGGGGAAGCUGUUUGCCGUGGGGGGAAGGAACGCGUCGGGGGAGAUCGACACGGUGGAGUGCUACAACCUGAAGAAAAACGAGUGGACGUUUGUGACCAAUAUGGUGGAGCCUCACUACGGACACGCUGGGACCGUCCACGGGGACCUCAUGUACAUCUCAGGCGGCAUCACCCGUGACACGUUCCAGAAGGAGCUGUGGAGCUACGACCCGGCGGCAGACGAGUGGACCCGCCGGGCCGACAUGACGGAGCUGCGCGGCCUCCACUGCAUGUGCACCGUGGGGGACCGGCUCUACGUCAUGGGCGGGAACCACUUCCGGGGCAGCAGCGACUACGACGACGUCCUGGGCUGCGAGUACUACAGCCCCGAGACGGAGCAGUGGACCGUGGUGGCGCCGAUGCCGCGCGGCCAGAGCGACGUCGGCGUGACCGUGUUCAACGGGCACAUCUACGUGGUGGGAGGCUACUCCUGGAACAGCAGGUGCAUGGUGGAGAUCGUGCAGCGCUACGACCCAGAGCAGGACGCGUGGGACCGGGUCUUCAACGUGCUGGAGCCUCUGGGGGGGAUCCGGGCCUGCACCAUGACGGUCCACGUGCCGGAGGGGUCCGUGGACGAGGCCCAGAUACAGGACUGCCCUCUGCCAACAGCCAAGAGCUGAGACUCAGGCAGGAAAUCACACGCUUCUUAUCGGGCACCAUCUCCAGAUGGUUUCUUCAGGCCACUGCGCCGCUGCCUCUUCACUUCCUCCCAGAGUGGACUCGUUGAUACAACUGUCCGCUUUGAGUCUCAAAUGUACAAAUGGAUUCACCGGUCGAUUAAAUGUCCAUCAGUAGCGAAGGCUUUCAUUGCAAGAGUGUCAGUGUCCAGUGGACAGUGAGCUUCACUAUCCAGAGGUGCCACAUCUGGGCCACAGCUCAUUAAAAGGAUCUGGAGCAAAACGUGAAGUGAACUGUGACGUGCGGUUUAAACAUUUUCUAUUUUCCAACAUGAAAACAUUUUUACUUUUCCUUCCUUUGUGUAAGUUGGUCCGAUUUAAUCUUUUCAUGACAAUCUGUUGCAUUAAGGAACCAAAGUGAAUUUAUUAUUACAACCAAAUACGGAGGAAUUUAUCCCAAAUGCAUGAUGUAUUUAAUAUCUGGACUUCUGUGACAGAGUUAGUGUGUAUAUAGAUAUAAUGUGUGAUUAUGAAGACAGCAUGUCCCGCUGGGAGUUCGCGUCUUUAACUGGAAUUUACUGAAUUUUCUGGUUAUUUCGACCUUUAAGAAACAGAUGAGCUAAAAACAGGGCGAAGCACAAACAAGCAUCGUAAUAAAGACUGAGACGACUGUGAGCCAGCCUUUCAUUCACAGAUUUGCUGAGCUGAUCUGGACCUUUAGUCAAAGCUUUUCAUGAAACCCAGUGGACAUUUCACCAUUUCCAUUAAUUUGCAUGAAAUUUGUUUAGAAUCUAUGCAUUGGAUUAUUAUAAUUAUUAUUAUUUUGUUUAGACCACAUUGUUUACGUCUUAAUGUCCAUGUAAAAAUAUUAAAAAUUCAAAUCUUUUUAAAAACCAA